AUGUCUGCGAAGAUCCUGGAGGUCGUCUACGACCCGGAGUUCGACGAGCUGGAUCGGCCAUGCGUCUUAUCGUUCCAGGAAUAUGUUCGCAAGACCGGCAGAUGGCACCGGAAGAAGGAGAGGGGCUGGCCCAGACGGCCCAACCGAAUCGACUCCGUUUCGCUAACAAGCAUGCACGAGGCCCCGGCCUAUGACAAUCCGGCACCGGCCUUUGCGCCGAACCUAUCGCUCAAUGUUGGCAUCAAGAAACUCCACCCCGCUGUCUUCUGGGCCGUGGCCGUUUGCGGGUUCUUCUUGCAGGCGGGUGUGUUGGUAUAUGCUUGCGUUGCGACGUACUACCUUCACUGGGGGCGAAAUGGCAAAGAUGAGGAAUCUUACUCUUACGUGUGUCCACUCGUGCUCAUCGGCACAGUACUUGUCGGCACCGGUGUGUACCUCUGUGCAUAUUUGAUCGGCCAGAGUACCGACGAGGAAGUGUGGUGCAAGGGCGCGAGGCAAGACGACAGGGCAUCGAUACACUGGUUGCAGCCGGGGGGGCAAAGAGUUGGCGAUCAGACGUUUCACGCAUUCUCCUACUCUGACAAGGACAACCCCAAGGAUAUCCUGCAAGAGUAUACCAUCUCCUGGAGAAAUGAACAGUCACCAAAAGCACACUACACCGUGUGGGUAGCCGUUAGCAUCACGAUCUCCGGCUUCAUUCUCCAGUUUAUCGGGCUUCGGGGUGUGCAUUCGGCUGUCGCAGUGGCCCAACUCGGCGCUGUUAUGGCCAUGGCCAUUGCCCGAGCAGGUUUGCGCAUGCAGCGACUAACGCCGGACGCGAACGCACUCGCCAGCCACGGGGAGAUGAUCAUCGGCCAUGAGCUUGACUGGCUGGCUUUGCGCCUUGGACGAGAGGACAUCAAGCGGUAUAUUACGCGUACCCCUUCAUUGCCCCAAGACUUCUCAGGCCCAGAAACUGCCUUCCACGCCCGCUGGAUCUUUCACAGCGCGCCUUGCACACCGGUAGCACUCACAGGGGCGGGCCGGUUCGCUUCCAACAAGCCCAAUAUCGGGCGCCAAUUGCUGAGUCUUCGAGCUCGACUGGCAUCGCUUACGAUCCCGCCUUCGGUGGAUGCGAGGUUCAGUGUCUCGCCGAGCGCAUUCGAUGCGAACAUGGUUGAAGGGCGUCGUCGCGCAAAGUAUCUGGUGGCAGCUAUUGUGGCGGUUGCCAACACCGUUUUCUCCAACUCCACCAUGGUUAGGAUGUACUGGCGGACCGAAAGCACCAUGUGCUGGAAGUUUGGGUGCAAGGUCUCCUUGGUCGAAAGUGACUUGAUCCUCGAUCCGGACACUCCAGGCACCUAUCCAUCCAGACUGUCAAGGGUCCUUGGGGCCCCAGAUUCUAGUUGGCAAGCGUCCGAGAGCCUUCACGAGGAGAUGGAAGCAGCUUUAGGCUUAUGGCUUUGGGGUUUGAAGUGUCAAUUAGACGAUCUGGUGAUACAUGACGGUCAAGAUGCCUCUCAUGACUGGCGGAGAUUAGAGCGCCUUCAAGCGUGCACAAUAGUCACCGCGGCAGAGGACCAUGGAGGCAUUUCAUUACGGCUGUGGCAUUCGAGAUCAACCUUGUUGGAACAUUCAAGCAGAUACGAAGGCCAUCAUCACCACACCAACUCCAGCACACUAUGGCGGUUGGAUGAGGAACGAGACGCACACGUUCCAGCCAAAAUACAGAGCGAUGACAACAGUGAAUUGGAACGCGACGACGCUUUGAAUCGUGUGUUUGGGUGGUAUGCACUCCACCGUCAACCUUGUCCGGCUGGUCAACCCCUUAAGCUAGUUGCGUCUACUGUCAAAUCGAGCAGGCCACUCGCUUUCCAGUGUGAGCAGGAAAUAUUCGGCACAUUCGUCAUGGCUAUUCUCGCUACCAUCCAUGACCUCGGCCCGAUAACUUUGGAGGAGAUAGACGGGAGCUUCCAGCUGUCCAACAACCUGGUGGCGUCCCUCGUCCAAAUAUUUGUUGAAAACAAUCUAGGAUCUGAGGAGGACGCCUUGCUGUGUAUAUUGCCGGCGAUAUUGGCCCGCCUGAAAGCAUCUUCUUUGCAAUGCGCGAUUGAGGCAGCGAAGCAGACGGCAAACACUCACCGACGGGAGCAACGAUGGUCCAAGGCUCGGGAUGUUCUCCAGUGGAUGUUCAACGAGAUAGGGCGGAUACCUCCGUCUGAAUUAAAUGGCGAUUCGCGCGACAGCAUGAUUGAGGAACUCGUUGGAGCGCUCGGUGAGCUCUAUCGACACGCACUUCGUGCGCCUGGACACUAUCAAUUUGGCAUUGAUGGUAUCAACCAGCACUUGGCCGAGUUAGACCGGUUUCCCCCGGCCGUCCCAAUCAUUAGUCGCUAUCUCGAGGUUGCUCGUAGGUUUCAUACAGAACCGGGAAGGGGUUCUCCUGGUUUCCUGUUGUCUGCUUUGCGUUCGAACGACUUGACGACCACGCUAAUCGGGCUUGCUCACUUGCAACCCCCGGACGACGGGGACACAGUGGGGGAUGCCCUUUCAUUAGCAGCUCGGCUCGGGUGGUCUGAAGUCGUGCUGAGCUUACUUGAGCUGGAGUCUCGGCCUGACGACUCUACCAUACCAAACACGCGCUACCUAUACAACGCUCCGCUGGUCGACGCCAUAAAGAGUGGAGACGUCCACACCGUCAACAAUCUACUGACACGAUGUAACGAAGAUAUCCUAGCGCCAUUCAAAAAGAAACAAGCUAUUCUGGACGCUGCAAAAAUGGGGCAUGUCCUCGUGGCGGAGAGGCUACUAGGAAUAACCCACACCGCACUAGACGCAAGUCCCUUGAUAUCAGCCGUUGAACAGGGAUACACGAGGCUUUCGGAGGUUUUGAUAGCAAACGGCGCCGAUGUAAACGCGCGGAAUGCGUGCGGGAGGACGCCGUUAUAUAUAGCAGUCGAGAGGGACAACGUUCCUAUGGUCAGGACGCUUCUUGACAACGGAGCAGACACGGAACUGGCCGAAGAGACAGGAACACCCCCACUUGUCAUGGCAGUGGUAUGGAAACACCUGAAAAUCGUCAGGCUGCUCGUGCAAAAUGAUGCCAAUGUCAAUGCGCGCCACCAGUAUCUUCGUACUCCGCUCCAUUGGGCCGCGGCCGAAGGCCACGGUGUGAUUGCCAAUCUGCUUCUUGCAAACGGGGCGAACACCGAGACUGUGGAUGUCGAGGAUCAAACGCCGCUGAUGUACGCAAAGCGUUACGGUCAUGUGAACAUUGUGGAUAAGCUGGAGUGGCAUAAGAAGAAGACUGCCUAUGUUGGGACCGGGAGUAUCAACCCCUCUUCUACAUCAGCGGCCGCAUAG